ACGGGAGGAGGGAAGUGGCACGAUCGAAAUCCCCGCAAGAGAUCUUAAUUCUCUGUCUUCCGGCCCCUGGUCUCCGAUGCCCGCGGUGCAGUGCAGCGCUUCGCGUACUGUGUUGCAGGUAUACGGUGCACCGGUGUACGUGCAUCUUAUCUCUAGACACACCCCCGACUUGAAGCGUUGCGGCGAAGAGGAGCGGGAUACACCGGAAAACUAGCUCCCGGACCAGAAGUGGGAGUCGAACCGCGGAGGGAGGAGGAUCGUGAGGGAAAGAAGGAAAGGCUAAGCGCGAGCAGAGAUAAGGAGAAGAAGAGAUAGCCAGACGAUGAAAGGGGUGAAUAUAGAAGACGAGGGGAGAUAGAAAAGAUAUAAAAAUAAACAAAGAAAUAUAAUAAAUUUCGAGAAAAAUAAAUGAAUGAGUGGGAUAAACUGUUAAAAAAAAUGGAAACUGUGUGGAUGACGAAAACGAGAUUAUAGGAGACGGUGGAUCGAUGGAUCAUAGGGAAGGAGAGGAAAAAUUGGAGAGGGAUAGAGUGAGACAAAAAAGAGGAGGAUAAGAGAGAAAACAGAGAAACUGGAGGAAUUGUACGGAUGACGGAGGUAGUUCCACAGGGUUUGAGGGUGAACCAUUCGAGUGAGGGACCAGGAUGGUCCUCGAAAGUGGGCGAUGGUAGCCGACGAGGUGGUGGGGUGACGGCGACGGCGGGUAGGGCGCCGUAGGGGCAGAACCAGCGCCGCGACGCUCAGGCACGCACAGUCGCGGCUCGAACGCCGUCCCAUGCGAACGUGUGACUCUCGCGGAUCGUGUAAUAUUUUUCAGCAUCGUGUACAGAUGUCCACGACCACCGUUCGCUUUCCACUACCGGAUUUCAGAAGAACAUGAUCGAGAAUCUUAUUAAGAAAAUCGCUGGAGAUGGAUUUCUGUUCAAGAUCAAUGAGAAACAGCGAGGACCUGUUGGAAACAUAACUGAGAACAGUGUUCAUUGAACGAUCUACGAUUUAUAAUCGUCAUAUUCAGGAUUCCAUCUGUUAUCGAUUGUCGAAAGUGAUUUUGUUGAUGAUAUCGAAGCAUUUGAAUACUGAGAAGCAGCCGAUGUGAUCGAUUGUUUAGAAACAGAAGCUGAAACGUCACAUGCUGGCCGAAUCGAGAUGUCUAUAAUUUCGGUGAUUUUACGAUAAUUCAACUCAGAAAUACACGUAACGUCUUAAAACUUGACAGACCGGAAGACUUUCUUGCAACAUCUAGUAAAGAAAUUUUUAUCAGUGCAAGUAUUAUUUAAUGGUACAGUGCUUGUAUAUUUGACCAAACUGUGAACUGCUCCUCUAAAAAGACUAGAAAUCUCGUAUUGAUCCAAAGAAGGUGAAAUUGUAUAGUUUUAUACAUGUAAACUAUUUGGUUUAGUAUCACUGGUGUAGAAACUCGUGACCCAUGCAGGCGCCAAUUUCAUCCAGUUUCGACAUAGUAGGUAGCGACAAACACGUGUGUGCUAAACCACUCUUCGCGAUCUAGUCGUAAGUGUCCGCAAUCGUUAUUGAUCAGGUGAUUUAAUCAAUUCUAUCUUCUGAUAAUAUUAAUAUGACUUAUAAUUCACUCUUAAUGACUAAUAUCGUGAUAAAUAAGAUCUUCAGCCACCGGUAGUAAUCGAAAAUACAUUUCAAUUAGAAAAUUGAAAUUAAAAAGUGCAUUUCAUCCAUUAUCUUACUCGCUUGCUCGAAAUAUGAAUCCAUUCGGUUGUGAUUCGAGGUUAACGAAGAAUUAGCAUACGCAAGGUGCAUCGGGAGGAAGUGUAUCAAUUUUAAGACUCAUUCAUCGUUAAAUAAUACGUAAGAGCGGACAGAAAAUCGGUGAAAAUCGUCGAACCGGUAAAUGUCAGUGUAAAAUUAAAAAUGGCGGCGACUUCCGAGCCCCAGGAUAAUUAUUGAGGAACUAUACGGGGGAAUGGAUUUUCAGAGCGCUAUGGACACGUUUGUAGAGGCAUGGAUGGCUGCUAAUACGAAGACGGAUCAAGUACAGAGCCAGGCUUUGGCAUUGACACACAAGGCCUCUCCACCUUCGAGGCCGAGCAGCGUGUCCUCGUUACCAAGGAGUCCCCAGUCUCAUCAGUCCCAACAGUCUCAGCCGCAGAACGCUGCUCAACCACCACCGGUGCAUCCUCAUCAAUCGCAGACACCCCUAAGCGCGCCCCAAACACCGUUCUCUGCGCACAAUCAACACCCCAAACAAGAAGCGAGCAUAAGCCCGAAACAAGAGGGAUUCGAUCUCAGCAAAUCUACUUCCAGCACCGGAAAAAAUCUUCCGGUACACUGUGUAGUUGAAACGAUUCACAACAUCGUAGAGACUCAUGUAAGCAACUCACGAGAGAACUGGCGAAGGCCCCAAGUAGAAACAGACUCCUAUGUUAUUAUCCCCGUGGCCAUGCCUUUUCAAGAUUUAGUAGGCGAGGCAUUAGUACGUCUUGGUUAUUCGAGCGACCUAAUUCCAAGCGCAAGGGGAAGCAUUGUCAUAAGGAACUGGAAACCCCUGCCGAUGGAAAAAGUAGCGGACGGUCCUCUGUUAACAGUGGGCGACAUUUUAGCCGAGCUGACAUCAGUCGCCACUUUAAAGAUUCAAGUAUACAGAUCCAGGCCACCGCCUCCUAGUCCAGCUGCCGAAGUUAGAAAUAAAUUGUUAAGACUGCUGUUACUUCAUAGUCAUGCACUUCUCGUCUCAGCUGGCUGUCCCUUGGAUGAGAUGACACUGUUAUCCCUAUGUAGAGGUGGGAAUGAUAUGUCGGAAGAGACGAAACGAAACUUCGAAUCGUGGUUGCAACAGCAACAGUUGGGCAUAGGCCUGAACCCGAUGGUACCAAGCACGAACCAUCACCAGCAUCAUGCACAGAGCCCGCAGCCAGACGGUGCCGGCACCAUCGGUCCGACCGGUGGUGCGAUCGGUCCUCCGCAUCCGGCGCUCCUCCAAUACUCGCAUAAAACGCGGAUGAGAACGAGUUUCGAUCCGGAGCUGGAGCUGCCGCGGCUACAGCGAUGGUUCGGUGAGAAUCAACACCCGUCGCGUCAACAGAUCCAACACUACGUCUCGGAAUUGAAUGCCCUAGAGUCUCGCCGCGGCAGGAAGCCCUUGGACGUAAAUAACGUCGUCUACUGGUUCAAGAACGCAAGAGCCGCUCAGAAGAGGGCUGAUAACAGGGGCGUCAAUGGUCACAGCCCUCCUGGGCUCAGUCCGAGGGGCGCCAGUAUUGUCAGUGAAGAUUGCACAGACGAGGAGGAGGAUUCCAGGAAUCAGUCGACAUCACCUUCUCCUUGUCCACCGGGAAGUCCGCCGGUCGGACCACUGUCAUUGACAACCAGACCCGAGGAUCAACAGCCUCCGCCGUCGACGCCGACCUCAGUAAAACAAGAGGACGCAAGGGUGUCCUCCGGUUCGGAGGACGACGAGACGAGACCCACUGGUCCGCUGCCUCCCGGAUUUUCUUUGGUCCCCAGUCCGAUGUUCGGCCACGGGAUAAUGUACAUGUCACCUUAUCUGCCGCCACGCGGACCAGCCGGUUGUUCGACCAGCAUGCUGGACGAGAGAAGGAAAAGGAACCGGACGUUCAUCGAUCCCGUAACGGAAGUACCGCGACUCGAGGCUUGGUUCACCAAUAAUACUCACCCCAGCCACGCAUUGAUUUUGAAAUACACGGAGGAGCUGAACCGAAUGCCGUACCGGCAGAAGUUUCCGCGGUUGGAACCGAAAAAUGUCCAAUUCUGGUUUAAGAAUCGCCGGGCCAAGUGCAAGCGUUUGAAGAUGGCUCUGUUCGAAGGCGAGUCGCCGCAGCCGCAUCCGUAUCACGCAGACUAGCUUUUACCCUUCAUGUAACGUAACGUAGGAAACAGCCAAGAUGUCAAAUGGCAAUUAUAUGUACCGUAAAACGGAAGGAAGGAACAGAGGAGAAGAAAUAAUUAAUGAAAAGAAAAAAAAAAAAACAUUCAUCGUUAAUCGCAACCUGUUAUUCUUUAAUAUCGUUGAAUUUGCGAACAUACUCGCCAUGGUCGCACUUUUGUUGUAAUUAUCGCGUAAUUAUUAAUAUAAUUAUUAUGGACCUUAAUAAGUGUACAUAUGAGAAUACUGUCGAAUAAAAACUAUACGUCACGA